CUUCGUAGGAACGCCCCGCGGCAGACCCGGCAGCCGAGAUGGCGGCGCCGCAACCGUGCUCGGACAGCUCCUGCUGCUCACACCCCGGUGCGGUGCCCGGGGUACAGCAGACGCUGGAGGAGAUGGACUUCGAGAGGGGAAUCUGGUCGGCAGCCCUGAAUGGAGACCUGGGCCGAGUGAAGUAUUUCAUCCAGAAGGCCACGGACCCUAGCCAGCCUGACUCUGCUGGCUACACUGCACUGCAUUAUGCUAGCCGCAAUGGACACUAUGCUGUUUGCCAAUUCCUGCUGGAAAGCGGAGCAAAGUGUGAUGCCCAGACCCACGGGGGUGCCACAGCUUUGCACAGGGCCAGCUACUGUGGCCACACAGAAAUCGCACGACUGCUUCUCUCCCAUGGGUCCAACCCCCGCCUGGUCGAUGACGAUGGCAUGACCAGUCUACACAAGGUAUGCCUCUCUCUCCACAGGCUGCAGAAAAGGGUCACGAGGACAUUUGCUCCCUCCUGUUACAACACAGCCCAGCCCUGAAGGCUGUCCGGGAUCGCAAAGCACGCCUAGCAUGUGACCUGCUGCCCUGUAACAGCGGCCUGCGGGACCUGUUGGCCAGCUGAGGCUCCUCCUCCUGUCUCCGGCUGCCCUUGAAGAGUACACAGACUAGCUCUCCACACCCUGCCUUGCUCAGCAUCAUGCUGCCGGAUGGGACCAGGGCCAGAAUGCCCAGAAAAGCCCCCGUCUGGCCAGUGUGGGAGCCAGAAGGGAGGCUUGGGAGGGCUGAAGACUGUGAGCCUGGACAAGUGAUCAUAGAAGUUAGUCCUUGUAGAAACAGCUAUCCAUUUGGAAGAAAAUAAAGCUUAUAUCUUGACAACAUCCUACAGACAAAGAUAAAUUUCAAGAGACAGAGACCUAAAUAUAAAAAUGCAAAACUUUGAAGUAUUAGAAGAAAAUAUAGAGUGUCUAACAAAAGCUGCUUCCUAGCUGAAUUAGCUUGGUGCAAUGUUCUUUUUUAACCUGCUUGUCCCUCAGUCCCCCCUUCUCCACACACACACCUAGAAUGAUUAGACUAGGCCUGCCUUAGGGUUACUCUGGGUCUGAGGAAGUCCAUGGAGGGCACUCUAGUGAGUGCACUACAUUACAGGCAGCAUGGAGGAGUACCCACUACCAGGUCUGGCCUGGUAGUGCAGGCCUGAAACACCAGCUACUCAGGAGGCUGAGGCUACAGAGGAAUUCAUGGCCAGCCUGGGCAACAUAGACCCCGUGUCAAUAGUUCAAUGGUGGAGUGCUUACCUGACAUGCAAAAGCCGUACAUUCAAUCCCUAAUACAAUGGGGAGAAACAGUGCCCAGUCCCAAAGUCUAACUGAUACUGGUUUUUAUUCCAGAAUUUCAGUUCUAGAAGUCCGGUCUGUACAAAGUGUAACUGUGCCAGGUGUAGUUACACACACCUUUAGUCAUGGCGUCCAAGGCAGGAGGAUCUCUUGGAGCUCCAGGUCAACCAGAGCUACAGAGACCUGGUCUCCAAAAACCGUGUAAUUAUAACUGCUUUUUUUUUUUUUUUUUUUUUUUGGUUUUUUGAGACAGGGUUUCUCUGUGUAGCUUUGCGCCUUUUCCUGGAUCUUGCUCUGUAGACCAGGCUGGCCUCGAACUCACAAAGAUCCACCUGCCUCUGCCGCCCGAGUGCUGGGAUUAAAGGCGUGCGCCACCACCGCCCGGCUAUAACUGCUUUUUUGUUUGUUUUGCACUGCUUACUAGUGAGACUGCACACCUGUCUUUGACCUUCCUAUUUACGCCUAUUUAAAAUGUUUUUGUUCUUGCUACAUAGCCUAGGCUAGCCUCCAACUUGGAGCCAUCCUCUGGCCUCAGCCAGUGUUGGGAUUAUAGGUAUGCGUCAGCACAUCCAGCUUGCCAUGUUUUUAUUGAUUCACAGGAACUUUAUAUUAGAAUAUUGAGCCUUUGCUUUGGGUGUAUGCCUAUAUAGGGAGAAACAUGUAUAAUAUAUGCCUUAUGUAUGUGUAUUAAAAUUUUCUUUGGUACUAUCA